CUUUAUGUCUAAUAAGUUAUAGAUUAACAUUAAGUGAUAAAACGUCUUAUUAAACCAUUUAAAUAAGACAAGUGUUCACAGGAAUAUUUGUCAGUUUGAAAGUCACAGUCAAAUAAAGUUAGCAUAAAAUUAGCCAAGAAUUUGGUAAUUGAUUUAAUUGUGAAGAGAUGUCAGAAUUGCCAAAAGGGAUGAUCCAAACAGUGUGCGGUCCCAUAGACCCCGCGAACUUGGGUUCAACGCUCUGUCACGAGCACCUGUACCACGAGAUUGACGGUAAGCCUUUCCAUCCGCGCCCACCCAACUCUAUACACGAGAAGCUGAAUUCGAGUUCAAUAAACGCCGAGAACUUGUGGUGGACUACCUUUCACCCGUACUCGCACCGGGAUAACCUUAAUUACAGGGACAGGGAGAUCAUGAAUAUAAUCACUGACGAGAUGAAGUUUUUGAAACUCAAUGGAGGGGAUAGUGUGGUCGAAGUGACCACUUUUGGCAAAAGCCUACCCGAGCUCAAGGCUAUGUCAGUGAAGUCGGGGGUGAAUAUCAUAGCCGGCGCCGGGUUUUACGUGGAGAGCGCUAUGCCCUCACAUGUCGUACAAUACACUACCGAACAGAUCUAUAAUGAGAUUCAAUCGGAUCUAUUGGUUGGCGUGAAUGGCAUUAAAUGUGGUGUCAUUGGAGAGAUAGCGUCCGACUGGCCUAUCAAUCCGUUCGAGAGGAGAGCGCUGGUAGCCUCGGCACAGGUCCAGCACGAGUUAGGCGUUCCCGUGAUCCUACACCCGGGACGCAAUCCGGACGCACCGACAGAGAUAAUGAGAAUAUUUCUGGAGUCGGGCGGAAAGGCAGACAAGACUGUUAUGUCUCAUUUGGAUCGUACUCUUAACGACGAGGAGUUACUGGAAUUCGCGCGAAUCGGAUGUUUGAGUGAAUUUGAUUUGUUUGGCAGUGAGUGCUCUUACUAUGAAUUGAGUGAUGCCUUCGAUAUGCCUAACGAUGCGACAAGAAUUAGACGAUUAAAGCUACUCAUCGACAAUGGCUUUGGGCACAGGAUCACCAUUUCGCACGACAUUCACACCAAACACAGACUUAUGAAGUAUGGGGGACACGGCUUUUCGCACAUCCAUAUGAAUGUUGUGCCCAAAAUGAAAAUGAGAGGAUAUAGCGAUCAACAUAUUACUGAUAUUUUAGUUAAUAAUCCUAAACAGUGGUUAACACUCGUUAAAAUGGAUAAACUUAAGACAUCGAAGAAUGGGAUCAGCUUUAGGGACACCGAUGUGUUGAUGAAUACGACUGGUGCCAAUGUCGAGAAUGUGUUGGGAAUCAAGAAGACGACAUUAUUAGUGAAACUGAAUAAAUCCGAGUCAAUACGGCUAUCAAUUGAUUGGAUCCAUAAUCUGAUCUUUUAUAACUUCAACGACAAGAUUAUAGCAUUCAAUUUGACACAACCCUUAUAUGGCUAUAUUGUGGUCAAUGAAAUGAUCUUCAACUCAAUCCUCGAUUUAUGUGUCAAUCCAUUGGAUUCGCAACUGUUUUGGAGUGUCUCUGAUAAUAGUUUCAACAGAAGGGGUAAAAUCAUGAGAGCCUCGGAGGACGGAUCCAAUCAGACGCUCCUCAUUGACACCGACAUCAAAGAACCCAUAACUCUGGCCAUAGAUCUAGUGAUCAAGAGGUUGUAUUGGAUCGACAGAGCGCUCUUCCAAAUCUACUCCAUUGACUUCAACGGCAAUGAUCUGAAAAGUAUCCACAAAUCGCAUCAAUUAUUCAAAUUGUCUUUUUAUAUGAUUGUAUUUCAUGAUGACAUUUAUUGGUCCAACUAUUAUCACAGUUCCAUACUUAAGAUGAAUAAGUUUGGUCUGAAUAACACUCAAAUCAGUUAUUUAGUGAGGACUGAGACCGGCUCCGACAUCGAGUCCAUCAGAAUUAUCGAUCCCUAUCUUCAGCCCUAUUCCACAAACAGAUGCCUUCACUCCAAGUGCUCUCAUCUGUGUCUACCUAUGAGUGACAGACAAUAUCAUUGCGUUUGUCCACAGAUUAACUUCAAUACUCAUCUCUACCCCAAUAUUGAUUGUGUAGAUAAACUGAAUGAACGUUUAAGAGCUACACAAAGAUCUUUACCGCAAUUCAAACCAAUUGAGUUUGAAAUGAUUAACAGCGAGACGUAUCGUCUCAUAAAUUCAAAUCCUCUCAUAUCGACCGACAUGUCGGUGGGAAUGGACUCUCAAAACCCUAAUUUUGAUCAUCAAACGGAUAAUUCUUACAAAUAA